CUACAAGCACUAUAAAGCUGCUGCAUAUGCCCAGUGUCAGCAGAUUUUCCUUCCAAGUCUGCAGUGUGUGUGUCUGGGGAUCUGAGUGCACCCGAAAGAGAAUCUGGCAAAUAUGGCGAAAGCUGUUCCGUGCCAGACAUUAAACAAUGGCCACAAGAUACCGAUGGUAGGACUCGGCACUUGGCAGAGCUUACCUGGACAGGUGGAAAAUGCCGUGAAAUACGCGUUCGAAGUUGGCUACCGUCAUGUGGACUGUUCCUUGGUGUACCAAAAUGAAGCUGCAGUGGGAGAAGGGAUCAAAGCAGGUCUCGCAUGUACCAAGGGUUUAAAACGAGAAGAUAUAUUUGUCACCUCUAAACUGUGGAAUACCAAACACCACCCUGAUGAUGUGGAAGACUCCUUGAGGAACACACUGAAAGACCUCAAGCUGGACUAUCUGGACCUGUAUCUUAUGCACUUUCCGAUUGCAUUCACGAGAACAGAUACCAUCUUCCCAAUAAACCCAGAUGCGACACUGCAGUAUGAGUAUACGGACUACAAGGAUACAUGGAGAGUCAUGGAGAAGAUGGUAGAGAAGGGGCUGACCAAGUCCAUUGGUCUGGCCAACUUUAACAGAAGACAAAUUGAUGAUAUCCUCAGCAUCGCCAAAAUAAAGCCGGUUGUACUGCAGGUGGAGUGCCACCCAUACCUGGCUCAGAACGAGCUGAUUGCUCACUGUCAUGCCAAAGGGCUCGUUGUCACUGCGUACAGUCCGCUGGUUUCUCCAGCCCGAACUUGGAAAAAGCCAGGGGAACCUGAUUUGCUGGAGGAUCCAUGCAUUGUGGGGCUUGCCAAAAAAUAUGGCAAAUCGCCAGCCCAGAUCGUUCUCAGGUGGCAGGUGCAGCGUAAGGUUGUUGUCAUCCCAAAAAGUGUCACCCCUGCUCGGAUUCUGCAGAAUAUCCAGCUGUUUGAUUUCAGUCUAGCCGAGGAGGACAUGAAAAAAAUUGGAGCCCUUAACACAAACACGAGAUAUAUGGUUCCAGAAUUUUCGGUGGAUGGAAAGACUGUUAGAAUGGACCCCAAGUACCCCUAUUAUCCAUUUAAUGAUCCAUACUGAGACCAUUCCGAAGCUGAGCACGCAUAACAAGCCCCAUGUGAUCUCUGCUACAGCCUCUGUGUAUUCCUAUGCAGCCUGCCCAGGCCUAGAAGCAGUCACCGCUUUUGUGUCUCUGUACCGUGUAACUAUCGCUGCGCCGCAUUUCCAGACCGGACCCGAUAUCCAGACUAUGCAAUAAAUGACCCUUGUUUGCAAUGUAGUUUUCUGGCUGCAAUUCUUUUAUAAAAGCAAAGAGCAUUAUAA